AGAGCGAUUAGUAGUUCAUUGUCGGCUGUGAAAGCAAGUGGUGGUCAGUACAAAGUGAAAAAGAAGAGAAACGACAACGCAGUAAAUAGUGAAGUGAAGUAAAUUGGAGUGUUUUAUUGUAAAGAAAGAAAAAAAACAGGAAAACUGCACUGAAUGUGAUGUUCGAUAUUUGUUAUUUUGUGUAUUUCCUCCUGUAGUGAAAAUACAAUUAAAAUAAACAAUUUUCUUCAAAUUUCCCGUCACAAAACGAGAUUAGGGGAAGAUGAGUUGCCAAUUGUCCUUUUACAAAGUGCUCUUGAGCAUAGUUAACACCGUGUUAUCGUUACUUGGCAUUGGUCUGAUAGCAUUGUCUGUGUAUGAAUUGAAUUCCUCCACACCUGGCACCUUCGAACAUGUAGCUGUGGUAGUGCAAAUAUUCAUUGGAUCCUUUAUUAUACUCACCUCAUUCACGGGCUGUAUUGGAACUUGUCGUCAUUCCUUGAGUCUAAUAUGGAGUUAUGUCAUGUGUGUGGGAUUUUUGUUGGCAUUCCAACUUUACAUUAUUGUGGCAGCCCAUUCCACGGACUACGUUUUAAAUGCCCGUAAUGAUUUUAAUAAUUUGUGGUCGAAUUACACUCUCAACGAAGACCGGAUUUCGAGUAUAGAAACAAGUAAUCACUGCUGUGGCCGAAAUAGUUCAUUGGACUAUGAACACAUCGUUGGAGCAAUACCGAAAAAAUGCUACCUUAACCAGGAGAGAACACUUGAGAACCUCUUCAAGGAGGGCUGUUUGGAGGUUCUCGAAGAGAAUGCAUCGAAAAACAGUCAAAUUGGUUUGACAGUGAAAUGGAUUAUCUUCUUCCUGGAAUUAUGUGCCUUAGGAUUAGCAUCCUUGCUGGGAAUAAACUUGCGUAACAAACGCCGAAGGGAACAAUUUGAAAAUUAGUCAAAUACUGACUUUGUCGAAUCGAAUGAGGAAUAUACAAACAAAUAAAACGUAUUUAUAUUUUUGACUCUUUAUUUU